AUGGCCCCCGCUGCUACUGAGACUGCUACCCAGGGCCUCCCCCCCGUGGGCGAGAUGACCAGCCGUGACUAUUACGCUCACUUUGGUAUCCACGAGGAAAUGCUCAAGGACUCUGUGCGAACUCUGUCUUACCGAAACGCCAUCAUGCAGAACCCCCAUCUCUUCAAGGACAAGGUCGUCCUCGAUGUUGGUUGCGGAACUGGUAUUCUCUCCAUGUUUGCCUCCAAGGCUGGCGCCAAGCUUGUCAUUGGUAUCGACAUGUCCAACAUCCUUGACCAGGCUGAGAAGAUUGUCAGGACCAACGGUUUCACCGAGGACCAGAUUGUGCUCUGCAAGGGCAAGCUGGAAGACGUUGAGCUCCCCGUCAAGGAGGUCGACAUCAUCAUCUCUGAGUGGAUGGGCUACUUCCUCCUCUACGAAUCCAUGCUCGACACUGUCCUCCUUGCCCGAGACAAGUACCUCGCCAAGGACGGUCUCUUGUUCCCCGACAAGGCCACCAUCUUCUUGGCUGCCAUUGAGGACCAGGACUACAAGGAGGAGAAGAUCGACUACUGGAACGACGUCUAUGGCUUUGACUACUCUUGCAUCAAGGAGAUUGCGCUCAGGGAGCCUCUCGUUGACUGUGUCGAGCUCCGAUCGGUGGUCACCAACCCCUGCGCGAUCAGGCAUAUCGACAUCAAGACUGUGACCAAGGAGGAAUUGACUUUCAACGUACCUUUCAAGCUCAAGGCUACCCGAAAUGACUACGUCCACGCCUUCCUCGGCUGGUUCGACAUCUCCUUCUCUUGCUGCCACAAGCCUGUCAACUUUUCCACCGGUCCCCAAGCCAAGUACACCCACUGGAAGCAGACCGUCUUCUACACCCCCAAAACCCUCACCGUCUCCGAGGGCGACACCAUCGAGGGUACUCUGUCAUGUGCGCCCAACGGCAGAAACCCUAGGGACUUGGACAUCGUCGUGGACUACGAGGUUGUCGGUGAGGAGGGAGAGAAGGGAAGGAUGGAGUACAAGAUGUGA